GGGGCUGCUGCUGGGGCACGGGGGCUGGGGGGCAGCAGAGGCCGCGGGCCGGGGCCCUGACGGAUGGUGAUCCCAUGUGUGCUGUCCGUGGCGGCCCCCAGCCGGAUGUGCGCCACCCCAGCACCGCCCCGGGGGCGCGCCGCCGCCCCCCGCCGCCGCCCCCCGGCAUGCACACCCCCCCGGCCCGACCCUCGCCCCGCCCCCUCCACCUGCGGCAGCUGCCGGAGCGCUUCACCCGGCUGGGCAGGUCUCCGGAAGCCGAGAAGCCGGACCGCGUGUGGACCGUGCGGGGGGAGGCGGGGGCGCCGGGCCCCAAUGACGUCAUCAUCACCGACAUCUGCCUCAACCACAAGCCGGAGCUGACCCUCAGCACCUGCGGGGUCCGGCCCCCCCGGGACGCCCCCCUGCAGCACCUGUCCGUCGGGGACCUCCAGAAGCAGGUGGGUCACGUGCCCUUCAGUCAGCGGCACCUGCUGCAGCAGCAGCAGCAGGUGCUGUGCCCCGCGCCGGAGGCACAGCAGGACGGGUGUAGCCUCCUGGGGGCGGCGCGGACCUUCCUGGGUCGGCUGGUGACGCUGCUGCGCAGUGGGGCACUGUGCAGCAGGGCCGAGUGUCAGCCGGAUGGGGCACGCCAGGCCGAGGCGGGGCACGAGGAGCAGGGCGGGGCGGCCAUGCAGCAGCAGGCGCCGCAGCAGCAGACACAGCAGCAGCAGCAGGAGGCAGCCCGGACGCGGGGGAACCCAUCGUUAUCACCCGCGGUGACUGGUGCCAGGAGAGCCGUGACCCCGGAGCUAGUGAUCUCCCCGGAGAAGGAGCUGAAGGCUGCGGAGUCACCGUGGGCAGCACUGGGGCAGCUGGUGAGGAUGCAGGGCGAGGGGCGUGCAGGCUCCAGCUCCGCAGACCCGGUCUACCUCAGCCCCGGCGCCAGCACCGUCCUCCACACCUCACCAGACGGCGGGUCCGGGCUGCGCGCUGUCCACUCUCUCCUGGACAUCCAGAGGGACAAGGAGAGAGCCCUGCUGCACCCCACCAGAUACCUGGAUGAUCUCCGCGUGCUCUACAACAUCCACAGGCGGGAGCUGGUGUCCCAGCUGGUGUACCGGGAGGCGGGACAGAUCUUCCAGCGAGAGGGCGGGGUCGGGGAGCCACGCCCACUGCGACGUGUGAUUGGCUCUCCCACCCACAGCGUCACGCAGGACGACCUCAUGACCCGCCAAUCAAAAGAGAGACUCAUCCGGAAGAUAGCGUCGCUGCGGCCGGUGGUGUCCCGGAGGCUGCCGGAGCCGGAGCCGUGCUGGAGUGGGAGCGACUUCGUGCAGGCGUGCCUCACGGCUCACAACAUCUACCGUGCCAGGCACUCCGCCCCCCCUCUCACCCUCUCCACGGAGCUGUGCCGCCAAGCCCAGGCCUGGGUGAACCACCUGGCCCACACUGGCACCUUCAGGCACCGAGGGGAACCGGGCCUCGGAGAAAACCUCUUCUGCAGGAACACGGCGCUCAUUCUUCGCGGCCGCACCUCAGUCAUGCCCGACAUCUCAGGUCGCUCUCCCCCCGUCAUUCCAGAGCUCAAAGGGGAGGAGGUGGCCGCCUACUGGUAUAGCAGCGUGAGGCAGUACAAGUUUAACAGACCACCCAAUGUACUACAGGCCAGCCAGGGACCAUUCACACAGCUGGUGUGGGGUGAGAGUCGGGAGUUCGGAGUGGGCAAGGCCAGGAGCAGGUCCGGCAAGAUCAUCGUGGUGGCUCACUAUGCUCCCGCAGGUAAUAUAGAAAAUGCCUUUAAGGAGAAUGUGCUUCCCCUAAACACCCGUGCCCUCGCUGCGGAGAUUCUGGGUGAAAUUCCGGGUUUAACGAGCCUGGAGCAAGUGGAUGGUAGGGUUGCCGAACGGGUGAUGGGGCUGUUGGCUGCACAGCCUCCGAGACUCGCUGGACGCAAUGCUACUAAAGUUAUCGCUGCUCAUCUCCUUGGGCAUACUGCAUCUGUUAUAACCACCCCAGAGGAGGAACUGCAGGUGGUGAUCAACAGGUAUGCUAGCCCCGGCAGGGAGGCUCGCAAGAGAGCUUCUUCACGGGUCAAUCCUCUUGGAGUUCCCAAUUCCUUGAGCAUGAUUCCUGAGGCCUCAUGUUGUCCUCCAAGAUUCAGGCUACGCACCAGGGCAUCGGUGUCGCCGGCAGAUGUGCAAUCAGGUGUUAUACAUGAAUCGUCUGAGGCUCAGGGUGAUGAGGAAGCAAUUAUGAUGAGACCCUCAAGACAUUGGCUUGAGCCUCAGAGUCCUCAGAUGGGAGAUGAUGGUGAUGAUGGUCCAACAGAGGUGAUAGAGCUAAAAAGGGGUGAUCUUGGCUCACCUUCGUCUGAUAUGGAUGACAUUAGAUCUGCAAGUUUAAGUGCUAGCCCCAGAAAUUCCUCAAAACCUAAGAGACCUCGAUUAGGAAGGGGAGGAGGUGAGUGGACUAAUGGGACAAAUUCUGAAAAUUCUGAUUUGGAAACUAUAAGAAGCGAAUCUUUUGACUCAGUAGAUUCUCAGUCUCACCCAGAGCCCAUUAAUCCAGACAGAUGUAAAAAUGUUGUGAUAAAGGAACCUCAGAACAAUGUGCAUAAUGAUCCAGGAGCACCAGGAAUGGACAAAUACAACCUGGACUUAAAACUUCCCUUUGAGGUGCCUGAUGCUGAACAUGGCCAGAUGAACUGUUAUGCCCUCAGUCCUAUGCGUUACUGAGGGAGCUGUGAGAUGUGAACACAACUAAUCCUUAACAAUUCUUUGAUCUUGGGGGAUGCUGAAAAGUUUAUACGGUGGUUAAGUGGCUCCUUAGUGAAUAUUAGUUGGAAGAUUAGUUUAAUAGUGUUAACUUAUAAAAUUGCAACAGUCAAAUAAUGAGAAAUCUUUCAAAAUAUUCUUUGCUGGAGAAAAUAAGCUUGAAAGUGGCAUCGUGUGAUAUUCUAGCCUCUGUUAUCCAGCAGGGGACGAGAGCCACAUGGUGAUACUGUCCAGAAUGAACAAAGAACUUAAGGACUUUGUGAUGGUUAUUGAUGUGAUAAUUCCUAAUGACUGUUUCUAUUGUUGUUAGUUGAAAACCUUGUUAUUAUGUGCCUGAAAUGUGCCAAGCUAGAGCCUCUCCAGAUGGUCUCGAGAGGCAAGAUGUGUUGGUAAACAUUUUUUAUUUUCAUUCUAAGUCAUGCUUGUUGAAGGUCGUCAUUAUAACUCUGGAAUUACACAACAGGUCAAGGUAGUCUUUUAUGAUACAGUCCUCAGGUGAGAUCAUGGCAGAUUCUGACAUUGUUAUUCCUAAUAUGACAGUUCAUGGCAGAUUCUGACAUCCUGUUAUACCUAAUGACAGUUCAUGGUAGAUUCUGACACCCUGUUCUACACAAUUUGACAGUUGAUGUGUUGUAGGUUGUCAAGUGUAUCAGUCAAGGCAGCACGGUGAAACACAAUAAUACAAUUCUUUACAUGCCAAGACACAGAAUACCUUGAAAAACAAUGCAUAAUACAGUCAUACAAGUUUUAAUUCACACACAUCCAUAGCUUAAAAUAGCAUUAUUAAUAUUAAAAAAAAAGUAUCUUUACAUUUAUUAGCUUCAAAAAUAAAUUUGUGUAUAUACAUUAUGUUUAUUUAAAUACAGAGUUAAAGUUUGUAAAGUUUGUGAAAAAUGAAAUGUUUGCCAAAAUAAGCUUGCCCUGCACGCUUGUCUAUGCAAUAUUGUGUAUGCCCCUAAAAGAUUUACAAACAAAUUGAAACUGCCUUUGCUUGUCUUGAUCAUCAAAUUAUUAGUUAAAAAAAAAAUAUGCCAAAUAUUGUUCUCUUUAGCUCCUGUCACAUUUGCGGAUUUCUGGCCAAUCUCUUGUAAUUGUACGUUCAAUGAGAAAUAUUGGCACUAAUGCUAUUAAGAAUGUAUUUGGUGCAUGUAUCAUUAAAAAUCAAAGUUGUUUUUAAUCUGGGUCAAAUUGAUGACCGUGUUAAGAAUAACAUUGUACAGUAAAAUCAGGUUAUUCUUAAUUUCUUGUUGUAAAAUAAUUUGCAAAGUCAUUAUAAUUAUUAUAUAUACAUAUACACACACUGUGUUUCUAUCAUUCUUGUUAUGAUUUGGUUCAUUAUUAUUGUUUUCAUAUUUUGGAAGAUAUCAGGUUUUAUUUUUGUAGUGUUCUUGGACAAGAUCUGGCUAUAGAGAUGUCUCAGUUUACUCAAAACAUCCACUUGGACUGGAUAGUAGAGUGACUGGACGCUAGCUUGUACGCCAGCGCUCAAUCCCCGACCAUCCAAAUGGUUGGGCAUCAUUGAUUUCCUUCAUCCUAUCUUAAAUCCUUAAACUCGUAUCUCCUCCAAGUGCUAUAUGGUCAUAAUUGCUUAAGGUUUUCCCCUGACCUUACCGUGUCUCCUGAGCACCUCUCUUCAUUUAAGACAAGAUUGCCUACCUCAAAAUUCAUACAUCAUCAUUUUGUUUUCCUUCCUCUAUCUCUUUACAGUAUUAUAUCGUCAACUCUCUGUUUCAGCACAUCUCACAUUGUUCCAUUGCCUUUCACAACAUGACCAAUUUGCAUCAUGUGGAGUGAAAUUAUCCUUUUUCUAAUAAUCUGUUUUUCUAUACAGUACUUUUGUAAUGUUUCUGUUGUUACAUCAAUUUCUGUUAUGAAAGUUUAGUUAACUUUCAACUUUCUCAAUACCCACAUCUGAGAACUGUUCUCCAAGUUGUUUUCUGCACUCUGAAAUGCCCACAUUUCUCUUUGUGUAGAACCUACAAAACAAUCCCCUUUGACUUGAAAUUCUUCCUUUGAGGGUCCAAGUGGACUCCUUUUAAGAAACAAUACUUUAGAGACUGGAAUAAUAGUACCCAAGUACUGCAACAAUUUACUUAUAUCACCGGGCUUAUUUGAAGUUGUGACAUUGAAUUCUGCCGCAUUCUAACAUUUUCAGUACACUAAAUGUACUAACAUUUUCAGUACAGGUCUAACUUAUAGACCUAUGUGGUCAUCUCGGCACUUACUAUAACUUAUUCUAUGAAGAUGUCUCGAUGUAAUGAAAGUGAUAUUUCUUUACAAAAGUGUACUUAGAUAUUGUGUAAGAUUUCAGAGUAGGCCUAUAUGUAUAUAUAUGUCACUCUUCAGCUCUCUCAUUAAUUUGUAUUCCAUAUACAAGCCUAUAAACAUACUUUAUUUACCAUUUAAUGUAAUAAUUAAUAAUAAUAAUAAUGAAUGUAAUAAUUAUUCAUUAUUAAUAAUUAUGAAUAUUCAAUAUUAUUUAUAAAUAAUAAUUAAUUAAUUAUUAAUAUUUAUAAAUGAGCAUUGGUGAAAAACUAUUCCGCUCUCAUGACUCGACCUGUUUAUUUAGGCUUUGACUUUAUUCUGGACUGUCAAUCGAGGGAUCUCAGAGUCAAUUUCCGAUCAGGACAGACAUGAUUGAGCACAUUUCCUUUCACCUAAUGUAUCUCUUCAUUUAGCCUUAAAUAGGUAUAUAUGGGAGCUAAGCAACUAGGGUCAGAAAUUUGACCGAGGUGGGGGGAGGGGGAAACCUUGAUUCAUGCGUUGUGGGUGCGAGUGUGUGUGUGUGUAUUCACCUAGUUGUGCUUGCGGGGUUGAGCUCUGCUCUUUCGGCCCGCCUC